AUGAAAGCCAUACGAAGCAUAGCAUGGCGGACAAGUCGACCAUUACAACAGCAACACCCAUUGGCAGGACCACAAAGGGCACUACUAUCUCGCUAUUUUUCCACCAACCCCCCCUCUCCCGAAGGAAAUGAAGGCUUUGCCGCCAGGCUCCGAGGGGAAAUGUUGGCCCGUCCGCCAACCUGGAUCGAGGACAUUCUCUCGCCCACUCGAUCCAAGCUCCUCGACCUAGCCCUUGCCGACCACCUCCCGGCCGAAGCUAAGCCGGAAGCUAAGCGGUCACUGAUGCCCGCGGGCCAUCACCUGGUCUACUUCCCACCCCUGUUGACCGAGUCGGAGCUACUGCCCGACGGCACCGACCCGAAGCACUCGCCCGGCCCGGGCUUCUCGCGGCGUCUGUGGGCAGGUGGCAACCUCGUGUUCCCGCCCGGUCUUCGUCCCGAGGAUCAUGCUUCUCCUCCAAGUUCUUCAAACCCUGCCGGCCAGUCGAAAAGUGUGGUUCUCGUCAAGAAGACGUUGGCCAUGCUCGGCAAGAACAAGUUCUGCGCCUGCCGCGAGUCCAUCGCCGACGUCACCGUCCGCGGCCAACCGGGCAGGGAAAAGGUCUACGUCGAGCUGUUGAGGGAGUACGGCAAUUUUUCACUUGAAGAAAUGAACCUCCCCAUAGAUGAGCGGACUUUUUACCUUAGCAUCAGCGAGCACCGGACCCUGGUGUUCCUCCGCGACGAGGAGGUCGAGGUGGACGUGGCCAAGGCCCGAGACCAAACCACCGCUAGCAGCAGCAGCAGCAGCAGCAGCAGGACGGUCAGGGCGCCCUCGCCUCAUAAGCCAGACUACAGCUUCGAGCUCACGCCGUCCCGCCGCCUCCUGUUCCACUUCAGUGCCCUGACCCACAACGCGCACCUGAUCCAUCUCGACCGCGAGUACUGCCGCGCCAGCGAGGGCCACCGCGACCUGCUGGUCCACGGACCCCUGAGCCUGGUACUCAUGUUGAAGGCCCUGCAGGCCGCCGCAUCUCCGUUGAGCAAUAUUGUGAGCAUCCGGUACCGUAACCUGGCACCGCUCUAUGUAGGUGAGACCAUGCGAGUCUGCGUCCGCCGCGUUCCGAGCGCCGACGCAGCCAUCCCAUCCACCGAGGCCCCUCCGUCCAAUGAGUCGUGGGACAUCUGGAUAGAGAGACCAGAUGGAGGCAUGGCUGUCAAGGCAUCCGCUGUCAGCAACCCCAAGCAGUUGGAGAGAAAGAUUGACCCGCUGGUUGGUCAUGACAAUGUUUCCCCGGGACAUCAAGAACCUGUGUAA